GUUUCCCCAGAAUAGAUAUAACUACCUGCUCUUUCCUUUCCGUUGCUCCUUUAUUCCGUAGAACUUCGUGUUCAGUGCAUGAAUUUGGUCUGAUUUAGCCUCAUUGCAUAACGGUUUCAACGCACAAGGUCGUGUGAAGUUGUCUCACUCACCGGAGGAAGUGCAUAGACACAUACAUCAGCAUUAGAAAUUCCCCCCGCAACACAUCGCCCUACACAUAAGGACGAUACAAGCCCAUUCAACAUGACGGACGAGAGCCUCAUCACCAUCACCUACCAAGGCCGAAUCGCCGUCAUCACGCUGAACCGACCCCAGAAACUCAAUGCCCUGGACCAAGACCUCUACUACCUACUAGGCGAACGGCUCCGCGAAGCCGACGCAAACAAGGACACCUACAUCACGAUCCUGACCGGCAAGGGACGAUUCUUCUCCGCGGGCGCCGACGUAACCAUCAGCCGCCCCAACGGCGGCAGCCUGAACAGCAGCGCGCGCCGCGACCUCCUCCGGGGGUUCGUGGCCAACAACCUGGACAUCACGCGGACGUUCGCGCACCACCGGAAGAUCCUGAUCGUGGCGCUCAACGGGCCGGCCGUGGGGCUGUCCGCCGCAUUGAUCGCGCAGGCGGACUUCAUCUACGCCGCGCCGCACACCUUCCUGCUGACGCCGUUCUCCUCGCUGGGGCUGGUGGCCGAGGGCGGGGCGUCGCACGCCUUCGUCGAGCGGCUGGGCAUCGCCCGGGCCAACGAGGCGCUGCUCAUGAGCCGGCGCAUCCCGUGCGAGGCGCUGGUCGCCGCCGGGUUCGUCAACGCCGUGGUGGCCCCGGAGUCUGGGCGCGUCGACGACUCCGAUGGGUUUUUGGGCAAGGUGCUCGCCGAGGUGGAGGAGCGGCUGGGCACGCAUUUGAACCAGGAGAGUCUGUUGCGGAUUAAGGAAUUGGUGAGGCGGCCCGGGAGGGAGGUGCUCGAUCGCCAGAAUGGGUUGGAGGUGUUUGCUGGGUUGGAGCGGUUUCUUAGUGGGGUGCCGCAGGAGGAGUUUCGGAAGUUGGCCUCGGGGGAGAAGAAGCAUAAAUUGUAG